CAGCUUCCCGGAGCCGCGGCGAGCUCCGGUUUACGCCGUGGCGGAGGCGCUGGCCCUGGGGGCGCAGCUGCCCGCCUUGCACCGCCUGCUCGGGGCCCCGCUGCCGCUGGAGGACUGCACGCUGCAGGUCUCACCCUCCGGACACUACCUGGACCUCGACUUGUCCCUGCUGGAGCAGAAGGAUGACCUGGAGGGUUUCUACGAGGAGGUCAGGAAGGGGAGACGGCCGACCCUGAUCCUGCGCACGCAGCUCUCAGUCCGAGUCCAUGCCAUCAUUGAGAAGCUGUACAACUCGCAGGGGCCGGAGCUGCGGCGAUCCCUCUUCUCCCUCAAGCAGCUCUUUCAGGAGGACAAGGACCUGGUGCCGGAGUUCGUGAACCUGGAUGGGCUGACGUGCCUGAUCAAAGUCGGGGCAGAGGCCGACCAGAACUACCAGAAUUACAUCCUCCGGGCCUUGAGCCAGAUCAUGCUCUUCGUGGAUGGGAUGCAGGGUGUCAUCAACCAUAACGAAACCAUCCAGUGGCUGUACACGCUGUCGGGAAGCCCGUUUCGCCUGGUGGUGAAGAUGGCGCUGAAGCUGCUGCUGGUGUUCGUGGAGUACACGGAGCCCAACGCCCUGCUCCUCAUCCACGCCGUCAACGCCGUGGACAGGGCGAGAGGCACGUGCCCAUGGUCCAACCUGAUGGCCAUCCUGGAGCAACGCAACGGGGCUGACACGGAGCUGCUGGUGUUCGCCAUGACACUGAUCAACAAGACGCUGGCAGCCCUCCCAGACCAGGACACCUUCUACGACGUGACGGACUGCCUGGAGCAGCAGGGCAUGGAGCGGGUGGUGCAGCGGUACCUGGGCAGCAAGGGCACCGACCUCGACUUGAAGCAGCAGUUCACGCUCUACGAAAGUGCUCUCAAGCUGGAGGAUGGGGUGGAGGAGCCACCCCCGGGAGGGCGCAAGGAGCGGAGGAGGACAGAGGAGGGCCGGCGUGGGUGGCGAUCCCAGGGCAGCUGCCCGGAGCCUGGCCCUGAUGCCCAGCCACUGCUGGGGUCCCCUGGCACCCCAAAGGCCCCCACCGAGGACACCCCGGCUGUCCCCGUGCCGAGCAGCCCAGCAGAACCCUGUCCCAGCAGCGUCUACAACAGCGCGUCCAGCGUGCGGCUGGCCCUGGCCUCCCCGCCGGCUGAGAAGGAGCAGCCCCCAGGCCCGGGCGAGCGCAGCAUCUACAAAGCUCGCUUCUUGGAGAACCUGGCCGCAGCCCAGAAGGAGAAGAUCUCUUCCAUGGCCAAGGGACGGCUCGAUGUCCUCGGCGAUGCUGCGCUGGAGCAUCCCACCGCUCUCGCAUGGGACAGGGAGAGUGGCACCCCUGAGCCUGGGAUGGAGCCACCCAGCAUAAGGUCUCGCCUGGCUCGGCUGGACACCACCGACUCCUGCAGCACCAUCUCCUCUGACACCAAGUUUAUGCUGGACAUGCUCUACGCCAAGGGCUCCUCAGAGCCGGGGAGGGAGAAGGUCUUCCCCGAGGUCCAGUCGUCGCCCCUGGUCCAGGGUGAGGUGGAGAUGGAUGCCGAGGGAGGUGGCAGCCAGGAGCAGGAGGGUGCCUGGCUCCGUGGCAGGGCUCCAGACGGGCCAGUGGCCAGCGCCCACGCCAAGCUGGCGCGUGCCAUGUCCAGCAUAGAUGCUGAGACCCACACGCAGGAGCUGGAGAACACCGGGAUGAUGCCCAUCAAGAAAGAUGUGGAGCUGACGUGGGAGCGCCUGGAGGCCAGCCCCGUGCAGCUGAAGAUCAAGGACCUGGACUUCACUGAUUUGGGGGAAGAAGAAGACUUUGACAUCCUGGACACGGGGCCCAUGGCCAACGGCUCCUUCCUCUCUCCUGGCAUUGAAGCAACGAGCGCUGGAGCUCUCAUGGUUCCCCCUCCACCUCCUGCGGUCCCUGGCUGCCCGCCACCUCCACCUCCACCUCCUAUGGUCCCUGGCUGCCCACCACCUCCACCUCCUGCAGUCCCUGGCUGCCCACCACCUCCACCUCCACCUCCUGUGGUCCCCGGUUGCCCGCCCCCCCCAGGGCUGCCAGGCCCCUCAGCAACAGAUGGCCCCUCCCAGGCCAAGAAAAAGAGGACAGUGAAGCUCUUCUGGAAGGAGCUGAAGCAGCUGGAUGGCACUGUGGGGCCGGGCAGGUUCGGCCAGGCAACACUGUGGGCGUCCCUGCAGAACGUCGAGAUCAAUGCUGCCAAACUGGAGCACCUCUUUGAGUCCCGGUCAAAGGAAGUGCCAACUUCAAAGAAGGCCAUCGAUGGGAAGAAGGUGGUGGUGGUGCUGGACCCCAAGAGGAGCAACGCCAUCAACAUUGGCCUCACGGUGCUGCCACCCGUGCACAUCAUCAAGACGGCCGUGCUCAACUUUGACGAGUUCGCGGUCAAUAAGGAAGGGAUUGAGAAAAUCCUGACCAUGGUCCCGACCGAGGAGGAGAAGCAGAAGAUCCAGGAGGCCCAGUUGGCCAACCCUGAUGUGCCCUUGGGCUCUGCGGAGCAGUUCCUGCUCGCCCUGUCUUCCAUCAGCGACCUCACGGCCAGGCUCCAGCUCUGGGCCUUCAAGCUGGACUACGAGAGCCUGGAGCAGGAGAUUGCAGAGCCACUCUUUGAUCUGAAGAUGGGCAUGGAGCAGCUGGCCAGAAAUUACACCUUCAAGUGCAUCCUGGCCACGCUGCUGGCCAUGGGCAACUUCUUGAAUGGCUCCCAGAGCAGAGGCUUUGAGCUGGGCUACCUGGAGAAGGUCUCGGAAGUGAAGGACACGGUGCACCGGCAGUCCCUGCUCCACCAUCUCUGCCAGAUGGUGGUAGAGAAGUUCCCAGAAACCACUGACCUCUACUCAGAGAUUGCCUCCAUCACCCGCUCCGCCAAGGUUGACUUUGACGAGCUGGCCAACAGCCUGAUGCAGCUGGAGCGGAGGUGCAGGGCCUCCUGGGACAACCUGAAGGUGAUUGCCAAGCAUGAGACCAAGCCGGUGCUGAAGAGCAAGCUGACAGACUUCCUCAAGGACAGCACCCAGCGCAUUGUCGUCUUGAAGGUGGUGCACAGGCGCGUCCUCAACAGGUUUCGCUCCUUCCUGCUGUACCUGGGGUACCCGGCGAGCGCGGCGCGGGACGUGAAGGUGACACCCAUCUGCAAGCUGCUGCGGGAGUUCGCCCUGGAGUACCGCACCUGCCGGGAGCGUGUCCUGCAGCAGCAGAAGAAACGGGCUGCCCACCGCGAGCGCAACAAGACCCGGGGACGGCUCAUCACUGAGACCGAGAAGUUCUCCGGCAUCGCCGAGGCUGCUUCACCGCCCGCCGUGGUGUCCAGCGGCCCCGAGGAGCAGAUGGAAGCGGGUCACGAGAGCAUGAAGAGCCUGCUGACCUCCCCUACGGAUGCCCCUGUCCGCCGCAGCCGGGCCAGCCGGGGGACAGGACACGCCACUCCAGCCCAGGGCUCUCCAGCCCAGGAGGACGUUCCCAGCUCCCCAGACGACGCUUCGGAUGAAAUCAUGGACCGACUGGUGAAAUCGGUGACUCACAACGCCAACCCUCGGCCCUGCGCCAACAAGGAGCGCAGGAGGUCCCGCGGCAAUAGGAAGUCCUUGAGACGGACGCUGAAGAGCGGGCUCAGCGAUGACCUGGUGCAGGCGCUGGGCCUGGGGCGGGCACCCGGCAUGGAGGUUUGAGGGGGCCGAGGGGCCUCGUGCUGCUCCCCACCGCCGGCAGCCCCCAGGGCAGGACGUGGUGGCAGCCCUUGCUGCUCCAGGACUGGCAUGCUCUGCACCCUCCGUCUUGCCUUGCUUUUCCCUGCUGGCCUCCAGCUCCCGGAGCUGCAGGCUGCAGGAUGGGAGUGAUGCCCCGGAGCUGCUCUGCGGUGGCCGGGAUGGAGGAUGCUCAGCGCCCAUGUGUGGGUGUGGAUACUCGGGAUUCAUCUUCUCGACAGUAUUAGAGGGGUCAAGGGGCUGGACCUAGACCCCAUCUGGGAAAUGGGUCUGGCCCAUGACCCCUGUGGCAAUAAAGUGAUCUGACACGC